UUAAUCGAACCGGGGACCGGUGGAAUCUUGCGAUCCCCUCCCCUAUAUAUAUCACCUGGAGGGCGACGGUGGGGCUCUCGCUUCGCCGCCGGUGCGUGAACCGCUUUCCCCUGUCGUCGUUGUCACCGGCUGAUAUCUCUAGGUUGAAAGAUUGAAGCUGAAUCAUGGGGAAGAGGAAGUCAAGGGCGAAGCCACCUCCAAAGAAGCGAAUGGAUAAGCUUGAUACUGUAUUUUGUUGCCCUUUCUGCAACCAUGGAAGCAGUGUUGAGUGUCGCAUUGACAUGAAGAAUUUGAUUGGUGAAGCCACGUGCAGGAUUUGCCAAGAAAAUUUCAGCACCACUAUCACUGCGCUGACGGAGCCUAUAGACAUAUACAGUGAAUGGAUAGAUGAAUGUGAACGGGUGAACAACCUUGAAGAUGAUGCUACCUAAGCAUCUAGUUUAUGGGUGGGUCCGUAUGAGCGUUCUGCAGAAAGAUAUGAAUGUAACCAUUAUACCUAAUGAUAGACCGUAAUGGUAUAUCCGACAUCUGUAUUUGAAACUGAAUAGAGCUAUCAGUUAUAUGUAUAUGCUUAUGUGGUAAAGAGUUGCAGAGCAUGCUGGAUUGGAUGGAUACUCUCCAA